AUGAACACAUCGACUGACGCCCACAACUCUGCGGCUUUAGCAGCCCUGCUAUCAUACCCUCUAAGCUGUCAUAAAACAAUAUUUCUGUCGCUUUGGGAAUGUUCGUGGGAUCAUCAAGUCAGCGGCGCACCGAUCGAUUCGUGGUCAACUGCCUAUUUUUGUCGGCAAAACCCUGCCGUUGCCCGCAGCAGCUCUCGGCGGUUGCAUGAGCAAGACAAGGGAGCUCCUAUGGCUACCCGGAUCAGCCUAUGCUCAAUAUUCCAUAAUUUUGCAGGGGCCUUCUGCUUGCACUGCCCUCAUACUCUGAUAUGCUAUAGCGAUAGGCCUCAGCAGCGUGCUGUUGGUCAAAACGCUCUGGCUCCAGAUAGAUGUCAUGCUUAG